CUAUAGUCACAGCUCCACCACAUGUACACUUCAGGGUCUGAUAAUGACGCCAAGAAAUCCACGAACUUGAGUGGAAGUAGUGGAAGUUCAACAUUCAUCUUGAAGACAGUUUUGACUGUUUUUGGGACCCAUUUCACAUCCUUUUUUUAAGUUCUUAAGCCGAGCAGCUUAAGAAAAAUAAAGCUCUCAAGGAGAAAUGCAGCGGACUGGACAGCUAUAAACGCAGAUGGAACCUCCGUGUAUCGGGGAUUCCCGAGUGCGAAGGAGAAAACGUCAAACUGGUUGUACUUGAUCUUUUUAGACACCUAGUUUUUAUCCCGCACUUGUCGAGAUGCAAUCUGGGCAGGAGCCAAACAGUCUGAAUUUUUGAAGCAGAAAAAAUCCGAAUUUUAGAAGAUCUGACACAGGAGGACAAAGUGGCGAGAAAGAAACUCUGGCCUCUUGUUGAAAAGGCCAGAAGAGAAGGAAAGAGAGCUGGGUUUGUGGGUCCCGCUGCUUUCAUAAACGGGAAGAGAAUUUCUGUCUGUGACACUUAGUAUUUAGUGUAUAUAUUACUAUGAUUAUAAUUAUACCAACCAAUUAUAUACCAAUUAUACCAAAUUUUGUUUUGAUUCUUUUCCCUUGGGUCCACGAAAUGGUGUGGUGUUCUUCCUGAAUUUUAUAUGGAAUUCGUUCCUUAAGUUCUGCAUAUCUUCCAAGAAGUUUUUCAGUUUUUUAUACCUGUUCUGAAAAUUGUAACUCUUAAAGUUUCUUUUUUUUUCUUCCUAUGUUUAGUUCAUGUUUUUCAUGCUUAUCUUCGAAUGUUCGGGGGCUACGUGACUUAUACAAACGAAAAGCUGUAUUUUUAUUUUGUAAAUCCAAGAAAAGGGACGUUUAUUUUUUACAGGAAACGCACUCUAGUGUUGAUGAAAAAUUCUGGCGUAACCAGUGGGGAAGCUCUAUUUUUUUCUGCCAUAAUUCCAGCUCAUCUUGGAUAGUGUCGCUAUCUUACUUAACACUCGAUUUCAGGGAGAGAAUAGAAUAAUAGAAACUAUUUUAUCAGGAUUGGGAAGAUGGAUCAUUUUAGUUGUUCAUUGGGAAGGCAGUUAUUUUAUAAUGGUUAACAUAUAUGGUUUCAACAGUUCUGCCCAAAAUACAACUCUGUUUGAUGGUAUAAUCAUUCAAAUAAAUAACUUAAAACUUAAAUAUCCUUCUGCCUUUAUUUUAAUUGGUGGCGAUUUCAAUGAGGCGCCCGAUUUUGUUGCUGAUAGAUUUCCGCCUAGAAACAUGUCUAUAAGUAUUAAUCCUCUAAUAGGAAAACUCUGUCAAUGUCUGAAUCUGACUGAUGCAUAUAGGUAUUUAAACCCUGACAGACAAUUGUUUACCUGGUUUAAAUCAGAUUUUUCUCAAAAAUCACAUAUAGAUUUGUGGUUGGUAUCAGACUCCUUGAUCUCAUUUUUAGUUUCAGCAGAAAUUUCUCCCUCUCCAUUAACAGAUCACGCUGUAGUUGAGAUUACUUUAUCUGAUGAUAAAUUCAAGAGAAGGAGGAAAGUAAACCCUGGUUAUUGGAAGUUAAAUUGGACCUAUUUAUUAUCAGACUCUUACUGUCAAGAAAUUAAAAAAUUGCAGAAUGUGUUAAAAACCAGAUUAAUAUAUCAGCCAUCCUUAAAUGGGAGCUAUUUAAAUAUGAAUGUAGAAAGUUUUCCUUUAGAUUUGGAAUAGAGAGAGUAUCUGCGAAAAAUAAGGAAAUAUCAGACUUAAUUAAAGAAAUGACUGUGCUCUUAAGGAACCCUAAUCUGGGAGAGGAUGAGAAGGAUUUUUUAUACACGUUUGCAAUGCAGGUUGGAUAAUCUCUUUUUAGAAAAAGCGAGGGGUGCUUUUAUUAGAUCACGAGCAAAAUGGCUAGAGUUUGGGGAAAAAAACUCUGCUUACUUUUUCAAUCUAGAGAGGACACGCAGUAGUAAGAUGAAAAUUUCUUCUUUAUAUAUUAAUAACUCAUUGGCUAAUGACCCCUCUGUGAUCUCUUCUCAUGUCUUUACAUUUUAUAAAAAGUUAUGUACUUCGUCAGUUGACCCCAAUGCGUCAUUUUUGUUUUUUCAUAAGAUUCAACACAUAAUUCCUAAAGUUUCUGAUAAUAACAGAGACUUUUGUGAGGAAGGCGUUAGUUUGGAUGGUCUUUAUAAUCUGGUUAAAAAGAUGCCUAAUAAUAAAUCCCCUGGGCCAGAUGGAUUACCCUGGGAAUUUUAUAAAGUCUGUUGGAACUCUAUUAAGGAUCUUCUAUAUGAAGCUCUUAUUGAGUGUGCUAGGAAAGGGGAACUGGCAGAUUCGAUGAAACAAGGUAUCAUCUGUCUCAUACCCAAACCUAAUAAGGAUUCAAAACUUUUAGAUAACUGGCGCCCCAUCACCCUGUUAAAUUCUGAUUAUAAAUUGUUGGCUUCUUUUUAUGCUGAGAAGCUUAAACCUUGUUUGGCAGACACAAUUUCUAACACUCAAUCCGGUUUUAUGAAAGGCAGACAUAUUUCUAUUAAUAUUAGAUUAAUCUUAGAUAUUCUAGAUUAUUCUGAAAUUAUGAAUAGGGAAGCAUUAAUUUUGUUUAUAGAUUUUUACAAAGCAUUUGAUACAGUUGAACAUACAUUUAUUUUUGAAGCCCUUUCAAGGUUUGGUUUUGGUAGCUCUUUUAUCAGUAUGAUUCGCACCUUAUAUAAUGGUAUUAACAGCUGUGUCUCCUUGGCUUCUGGCACUUCUCCGCGUUUUCUUGUGGGUCGUGGUAUUCGCCAGGGUUGCCCCAUCUCUCCUUUUCUUUUCUUAUUGGCAGCCGAACUAUUAAGUUUACAGAUAAAUCACUCAAAUAUUGAAGGUAUUAAUAUCGGAGACAAUACUUUAAUUAUUAGCCAGUUAGCUGACGACACUUGUCUUUUUCUUAAAGAUGAGUCACAAGUUUCUGUUGCCCUAAAUCAUCUUGAUCUUUUCUCCAAAGCUUCCGGAUUAGUGGUAAACCCCAAGAAAUGCGAGAUUCUAUAUGUAAACGAUUCAGAUAAAACCUUAAUUGAGGGUAUUGAGGCAAAACAAUGUGUAAAAUACCUGGGCGUUGAUAUUUUUAGAUCAGGUUCAGACCGGCUUUGUUAUAAUUUUCAGCCAAGAUUGAAUAAAAUCAAAAAUGUUUUUGGCUGCUGGCUGCAGAGAGAUUUGACUAUUUAUGGGAGAGUCCUACUAACUAAGGCUGAGGGUAUUUCACGUCUAGGUUACCCUGCUCUUUCUCUUUAUGUUGAUGAUAAAACAAUUAAAUCUAUUAACUCCCUGUUAUUCCGCUUUAUUUGGAAAAACAAACCAGAACGAGUUCAAAGAAAUUGUCUGAUUAGAACGUAUAAGGAGGGUGGUCUUAAUGCAUUCGAUUUUCAAACCAUCAAUCAAACAUUCAAAAUUAACUGGAUUAAGAAUUGCAUCGCUAAGAAUGAUCUUCCCUGGUUCUGGAUUCCCAAUCUCAUUUUUAAACAGUGUGGUGACCUUAAAUUCUUAUUGGCCUGUAAUUUUAAGUGCAGUAAAUUACCCAUCAAGCUAUCAAAUUUUCACAAACAAGCUUUGGAUUCUUGGAAGAUUGCUUUUAAGCAUAAUUUUUCCCCACACUCCUGCAUCAUUUGGAAUAAUGAACAUAUACUAUCUGGUAACAAAUCUCUUUUUCUUGAGCAGUGGAUGGCUCAAAAUAUUAUUUUUGUUUCUGAUCUGUUCAAUGCUCAAGGGGACCUUCUUUCAUUUUCUGAGUUUGUGUCUUUGAGAGGGGCCACGGUUUCAAUGAGAGAUUUCAAUAAGGUAAUCAAAAGUAUCUCUGUUGGUAUAAAAAAAUCUUAUGAAAGCGCAUUUAAGUUACAGCCAGUUAAAUAAUCACAUUCCUACACUUGCAAUCAGAGGUAUUAAUAUUUCAGGAAAAAAAAUGUAAUAACUUUUUAUUAGAAAAGCACUUUUUUCAACGCCAUGGACCUUCCCCAAAGCACAUUAUAAAUGGAGUUUCUGUUACCCAAAUAUUGAUCUAAAUAAUUUAUGGACCUUCCCUCACAAACUUUUUAUUCCAAACAAAUUUAAAGAGCUCCAUUUCAAAAUUACUCAUAGAUAUUACCCCUGUAACCUUCUCCUGAGUAGAUUCUGUCAGAAUGUAUCUUCGUCAUGUUCGUUUUGCGAUGCUGAAGAAGAGUCUAUUCUUCAUUUGUUUUGCCACUGUCCAUUCACUAAGUCUUUUUGGUCAGAAGUUACCGUGCUUCUAUUCCUUUGUUGUAAGAAAAUUAUACAAUUCAAUGAAAAUAUUAUAAAUAUUAUAAGAUGUUAAUUUUGGGUGUACUGUUUUGUUACUCUGUCUCCUGGGUAAAUUUCAUAUUCACAAAGCCAGAGCCAUUCGUUGUAAACCCAACUUCAGAAUAUUUUCUUCUGAUAUUAAGACCCUUUUUUCUGAACCUUUAAAUUCAAAGGCUUUCAAAACUUAUACUAUUCUUGAAUCCAUUAGUCAAAACCUUUGAUGUUAUAUGGUGACAAAGGUGUACUUCUCUAUACUUUUGUAAUGUCUGUAUGCCCCCUAUUUGUCCUGCUUUGUUAUGUUGAUACGAAUGACCUAUGACGUACGGAUGUUGAUACGAAUGACGUAUGACGUACGGAUGUUGAUACGAAUGACGUAUGACGUACAGAUGUUUUCGUGGACUGUGCGCAUGUCGAAAGAUCUAAUCCGAUUCUAAUCAUGUGUCAUGUGAACGCGCAUAACAAUCUGAUUCCUUUAUACCGCGUUCAUGUAAACGCUGCGAUCAGAUUUGUCAAUCUGAUUGAAUUCAGUCCGAUCUGAUUAAAAAGUGUCCAUGUAAAUGCACCUAUUGACCAUCUUGUUACAGUGGCACACUGUCAAUAAGUGUGAUAUAUUAGGGAGUCAUUUCUCAAAGCAGGAUGGAGGCAGAAUAAAAUGGGCAAGUUUAAGGACCUGAGCCAUUCUGACAAGGGCCAAAUUCACAUGGCUAGACAACUGGGUCAGUUUAAGUGACCUUGAUAUCUAUCUUAAUGUUUUCUUUAUAGUAUUUUCUAAUAGUAGUUAUCUGAUGCUUAAUAAAAGUGCAUGAGGAGUUCAUUGACAGUUUUGAAAGGUUGUGGCAGUUCUGUAACAAAGCCUGGUCUUGUUCUGCUGUAAACCGUUGUAACAGAUCCUCAUUGGGGACUUCCUUUCUGCUGUGUUGCUCAUUCUUAUGUCUCAUUGUACUGAUAUUAUUAUAUGAAAAGCGUCAAAACUAGAUAAAUUGUUGGUUAAAGGUUAUGUUAAGUGCAAUUCAAUAGCUGCUAUAGUUUCAGAUUGUACCCUACAUUACCUACUUAUACUUACAUUUCAUUGAUUAAUAUAAAGCAUAAUGUCAGCUGACUUGCAAAUGGUAACUCAGUCAGUCCUGACUCAAAGCUCUAAAAUAUUUUCCUGCCCAAAAUAAAAUCAGUAUAUCUAUGAAAAUGGGGUGCAUUGUUACAAAUGAUUCACUUUCUACAUUGGCAUUUAAACUUUUGUGUAAAUCUUUGUAUAAAAUAUGUCUAGAUCUAAGUUGACAAACAGUGUGAAAUGUUUCACCAGUUGCGACAAUGGGGGGAAAAACUGAAUUUAAACAUAAAUAAAUAUCUAUCUAUUAUAUUUAACAUUAUCUCAUAUCUAACUUGCCCUCCAGCAUCACAAACUACACAGAGUAGUGCAGCUCAACUGUUUUAACAAUGACAAAUGCAGUGGUAUCCAAAAAACAUAAGGCAAAGUCAAAGCACAGGCCAUAGGUCAUGUGAUGAACAAACAGGAUAUGAACUGAGAUAAAAAACUGAGGUUUACUGAGCCCAGAUAAUUAUUCAUCUUUAAAUGCAUGUGGAUAGCUAGAGCAUUAAAUACACUGCAUAGUAUGAGAAAAUGACCACAGAUCAUGAAUUGGGAUAAUUCUAGAUAUGGGAUGCGUGGGAGUUUAUUUGGCUGAUUAUAUAGCCUGCAGUAAACAGCUUUUUAUUUAGUUAAGUAAGAGUACAAGUAUUCAGUUUCAGUAGUACUCACAUAGAGUGUUAAUACUGCAAAAUACAAUUACGGAAGUAUUUUAAACAUGUGAUCAGAACUGCGUAGGAACAGGAACAGUGUAGUUUAAUUGAAUGAGAUGAAUUGUUCUGUACUACAUUAACGAGAAAUGUCUCCCAUUUUUUAACUGACACCACUGACGAGGGAUAUGAAAGGGUCAGUUCCUCUUUUUUACAAGCUUCACAUCUGACUGAUAAGUGUGUUUGUAUGUUAGUAUGCUCAUUUGAGACUUUUGAGAGCUGGGACUGAGCAUACAGACAGAUACUGCUAACAGUCAACUGCAAAAGCAAG